CAUUCCUGUCAUCAUCGUUCGGUUCUUAGUUUCAACACUCCAUAGAAAUGGCUUCUGCAAAAUUUAAUUUGUCUGCGACUUUAACUUGCUUUUCUUUUCUGACCCUUCAUUUAUUGGCUUCUGCCACACUGGUUGCUUAUGAUGGAAGAGCCAUUAAAAUUGACGGGAAACACAGAGUUUUGCUAUCUGGCUCUAUUCACUAUCCCAGAAGCACAGUUGGGAUGUGGCCUGACCUCAUUAGGAAAGCAAAAGAAGGUGGAUUAGAUGCCAUUGAAACAUAUGUUUUUUGGAAUGCUCAUGAACCCGUUCGUCGUCAAUAUGAUUUCAGUGGUAAUCUUGAUCUCAUAAGGUUUAUCAAGACCGUUCGAGCUGAAGGACUAUAUGCAGUUCUUCGAAUUGGACCUUAUGUUUGUGCUGAAUGGAAUUAUGGAGGGUUUCCUGUGUGGUUGCAUAAUUUGCCUGGUGUUGAGCUACGCACAGCCAAUGAUGUGUUUAUGAAUGAAAUGCAAAAUUUCACCACAUUGAUAGUAAAUAUGAUGAAAGAAGAAAAUCUUUUUGCAUCCCAAGGAGGUCCAAUUAUUAUUGCACAGGUUGAGAAUGAAUAUGGAAAUGUGAUGUCUGCUUAUGGAGUAGGUGGAGAGGCAUAUAUUGACUGGUGUGCGAGUAUGGCUCAAUCGCUUGACAUUGGAGUUCCAUGGAUUAUGUGCCAACAAGAUAAUGCUCCCCAGCCAAUGAUCAACACAUGCAAUGGAUGGUACUGCGAUCAAUUCACACCUAAUAACCCUAAUAGUCCAAAAAUGUGGACUGAAAAUUGGACUGGUUGGUUUAAGAGUUGGGGCGGUAAGGACCCACACAGGACUGCUGAGGAUCUUGCUUUUGCUGUUGCUAGAUUUUUCCAACUCGGAGGCACAUUCCAAAACUACUACAUGUAUCAUGGUGGGACUAAUCUUGGGAGAACAGCCGGAGGUCCAUAUAUAACCACUUCCUAUGAUUAUGAUGCACCUCUUGAUGAAUAUGGAAAUUUGAAUCAACCAAAAUAUGGCCACUUGAAGCAACUUCACGAUGUUUUGCAUUCCAUGGAAUACAUUCUUACUCAUGGGAACAUCUCCGCAGUAGAUUAUAACAAUUCUGUUACGGCAACUGUUUAUGCAAGUGAGAAAGGAUCGAGCUGCUUUUUCGGCAAUGCAAAUACCUCACUAGAUGCUACUAUUGAGUUUCAAGGAACUACGUACAUAGUUCCUGCAUGGUCUGUUAGUAUUCUUCCCGACUGCAAGAAUGUAGCUUAUAAUACAGCUAAGGUGCAAACUCAAACUGUAGAGAUGGUGAAGAGAAAAAACGAAGCAGAGGAUGAACCCUAUUCUCUUAAAUGGUCAUGGAGGCCAGAAAACACUGACGCAACUGUACUCCACGGGAAGGGUCAUUUUCAUGCAAAUCAACUUAUUGAUCAAAAAGCUGCUACUAAUGAUGCUAGCGAUUAUCUUUGGCAUAUGACCAGAUUGAAUAUCAAGAAAGAUGAUCCAAUUUUGAGUCAUGAUUUAUCUCUUCGAAUCAACGGCAGUGGCCACAUUAUUCAUGCCUAUGUUAAUGGAAAUUAUAUUGGUUCUGAAUGGGCAAAAUAUGGUGUUUUCAAUUAUGUUUUUGAAAAGAACAUCACUUUGAGAGAAGGACACAACUUAAUUACUAUUCUCAGUGGAACAGUUGGAUUACAGAAUUACGGUCCCAAGUUCGACUUGAUACAAACUGGAAUUCUAAGUCCAGUAGAAUUGAUUGGACACAAAGGUGAUGAGAUUGUAAUUAAAGACUUGUCUUCAGCAAAAUGGUCAUACAGGGUGGGACUGCAUGGAAUGAACCAUCAAAUCUCGAGCAACAAUCAACUUUAUACCUUGGAUUCACCAUUUUCUUCCAAAUUAUGGGAAGAAGAUAAUGAACUUCCCACAAAUAGGAUGAUGACUUGGUACAAGACUACUUUCAAAGCUCCCCUUGGAAAAGAUGCAGUUGUGUUGGAUUUGCAAGGCAUGGGAAAGGGAUUUGCCUGGGUAAAUGGGCACAACAUUGGGAGAUAUUGGCCAAGUUUCAUUGCUGACGAGAAUGGCUGUGAGACUAAGGAAUGUGAUUAUAGAGGUCCAUAUGAUAACAACAAAUGUCUGAGUAAUUGUGGCCAACCAUCCCAGAGAUGGUAUCAUGUCCCUCGUUCCUUCCUUGAAGAUGAUGAAAACACGUUGGUUUUAUUUGAAGAGUUUGGUGGAAACCCAGGAGAAGUAAAUUUCCAAACAGUUACAGUAGGAAAAGUAAGUGGGAAGGGCAAUGAAGGGGACACAAUAGAGCUUUCAUGCUAUGGAAAACCCAUUUCAGCAAUUCAAUUUGCUAGCUUUGGUGAUCCUCAAUGGACUGCUGGUUCCUUCGUAAAAGGCACUUGUGAAGGAUCAAAAGAUGCUUUCUCAAUCAUCCGAACGGCAUGCGUUGGGAAGGAGAGUUGUGCAAUUAAAGUUUCAAAAGAUGUAUUUGGGCCAACAACUUGUGGGAGAGAAGUUGUGAGCACUCUAGCUGUGGAAGCUUUAUGUUAGCAAGAAAUUACAGUUUUUGUUCUUUGUUAGGGAACUUUUGCUUAGGUUUGAGUCGUGUAAUCAAUUGUUCAUAAAUUAAUAAAGUUCUUAAUUAAUGGUUUUUUCUUAA